AUGUCCCUCAUUUCCGGAAUGAACAACGCCCCAGGAAAUGCUCUCGCCCAAACAGGUGUUGAGCGGCCUUUUAAUGGCUCUCCUCCCCUCGUUCGAUUCGUACUUCCACGCACGCCGCUCGAGAAACUCGAGAGUACCCUCGCAACCAUGAUGACCACACGCCGCAAACGUCCCUCGAAGCUUUACCCCCGAGGCUAUGACGAGGAAGUCCGCCAAGCUCUCGACCGGAUUGAUCUCCCUGCUUUCGCUCGCUCCCAAUUUGAAUACUCCUCGAACCAGCUCAGCUACCUCCGCGAGGCAAUUUUUGAUGAAGGCUUCGACAUUAUCCCGACCCAAGAGGUUGCAAAGUGUGUUACCUGUUCUCAAAGCCAGGUCGUUGAGCUGAAGUGCAACCUUUGCGGUCACUAUCGUGGCAUUGACUACUUCUCUCGUAACCAGCGUACCCGCGAGACCCCUUACUGCCAGCCUUGCAUGGACUACCAGAUGUCAAUUGACCCUGAGGCUGAGAUGAUCGCCAUGCAAAGCAUAUGUGAGGAGGGAAACAAGUCUGGCUCCGGGGCUGAGGUGGAUGCAGCAUUGGCAUUGGCAGACCAUGACGAGAGCCUCGACGAGUACGAGAAUGCUGUUUGGGCCCGUCGUAACCAUAUUCGCAGUGGCAGCGCCAGUGGUCUCCCUGUUGGCAACCCCUCUAUGCCCAAACGCUUUGCCCGCAUUCCCAGCGUCCGUCACCACAUGCCGCCUCUUCCUGCGCCUAAGUGGGCUCCUUCUCCCGUCCGUUGUGGCCAUACUGAUGAGUCUAACGGACAGAAAUUCCUGUGA